GUUUGCCGAGGCAGUCAUGGAAGGGAGCUAAUCCUUCCAACACAGGCUUCCUCAUGACAACCCACGUGUGACAAGACAACCGAUCUGGAAACUGUUUACAUGUGUACAGAAUGUCUGACAGUACAUUUGCACGUAACCAACUCCUAAAACAUGGAUGGACAGAAGGAUCUGGCCUCGGUCGGGAGGAAAGUGGGAUGACGAAGGCCAUCAAGGUCCACAUAAAGAACAACAAAACAGGGGUUGGCCACGACCCAGGAGCAGAGUUCACUCACCACUGGUGGGAUCAUGUGUUCAACAAAACAGCCAAGGCCAUAAAAGUUGGGGCUGACCAGAAUGGUGAGGUGACUCUCAGCAAGAAGUCUCCAGACAGCAAGGAGGAGAAGAAGGCCAAGAAGAAGAUGGUACUGUAUGGGAACUUUGUCAAGGGUGCUACGCUGAAGCAGGAGGAAGGUCGGCAUGUGGAGGAGAAGGAAGGCAGCAGCAGCAGUGAGUCAGAGGAGGAGACAGUAUACAAGCCAUCUGAGGAGGAGGUGUUUCAGCGAUGUGGCGGACGCACAGCCCACAAGGGUGCUCGCCAUGGGCUGAAGCUGAAUGGGAAGCUGCAGCGGGUGCAGGCGAUGGAGGCACAGCUCAUGCUGCAGAUGACGGCCGCUCCCCAACAACCAGGCGUGGGAAGCUCAGACCUCCAUGGACUGGAUGCUGUACCACGGGAGAGGAAGAAGAGGAAACAUGCAGAGCAAGAGACAGAAUCACCAGUAGAGAACAGUAUGGCACAUGAAGAUGUUAAGAAGAAGAAGAAGAAAAAUAAGAAGAAGAGACAUGAAGAUGAAGAGGUUGAAUCUCCUGUGCAGGAGAACCUUACAGGUAAUGAGGGUGUUAAGAAGAAGAAGAGAAAGAAGGAGAGACAUGUAGAGGAAGAGGUUGAAUCUCCAGUAGAGGAGAACACUAGACUGAGUGAAUGUGAUGGGAAGGUUGGGAGACCGGUAGAGACUGGCUCUCCAGGACAUGAGGACAGCCACAGUGAUGGUCAGUGUCCCUCAGAGGGGAAGGUUGGGAGACCGGUAGAGACUCCAGGACAUGAGGACAGCCACAGUGAUGGGCAGUGUCCCUCAGAGGGAAAGAAGAAGAGAAAGAAAUGUAAGAAAAUCAAGGAGUCCGAAGGAGAAGAACAAGCUUGUGAAUCACAUCAUAGUAAGAAAAAGAAGAAGAAAAAGAGGAAAAACGACUAAAGUGUGUUAUCUUUGAAGUAUUGUACAGGAAUAAUGUAUAAACAUAUAAGGCAGUAGCUGAAUGUAAUUAUUCAGGUAAUACAUAUGUGUAACAA